AUGGGUAACAGCAAGAGCGGCGCUGUGUCCAAGGAGAUCCUGGAGGACUUGAAACUCAACACUAAGUUCACAGAGAUAGAGAUUGCCCAGUGGUAUGAAAAUUUCAAGAAGCAGUGUCCAACAGGACGCAUCUCAAAAGAGGAGUUUCAGAGCAUCUACUCCAAGUUCUUCCCAGAAAGCGAUGCCCAUACGUAUGCCCAGCACGUCUUCCGCUCCUUUGACACAAACGACGAUGGCACACUGGACUUCAAGGAGUACAUCAUCGCUCUCCACAUGACAUCAACAGGGAAGACCACUAGGAAACUGGAAUGGGCCUUCUCACUGUUUGACGUGGACAAGAACGGAUACAUCACCAAGUCAGAGGUCACGGAAAUCUGCACGGCGAUCUUCAAGCUGAUUCCUAAAGAUGAAUUGAGUAGUCUGCCUGAAGAUGAAAACACAGCUGAAAAGAGGGCAGAUAAACUCUGGAAAUUCUUUGAAAAGAGCGAUGAAGAACGAGUGGCAGAAGGAGAGUUCGUCCAGGGAGUGUUGGACAAUGAUGAGGCCCUUCGUUUGAUUCAGUAUCAGCCUUUAAAGUAACUCUUCCACACAUU